UGGGGGUUGAUUUUUGACCCGACCAUCACAGCAGGUUAACUCGGCAUUUAUAUCAAGUGCUGCUCGGGUUGAGUCUGUCCCUGCUGUUCGGUCGUGAGCGAGAGCGCCAGACGGCGGUCUCAUCGAUCGAAUGUCAAUGCUCAUGUUCCGCAGGAGGGCUGGUACAAUCACCCAGAUACUACAUUGUAGGUACGAUGCGGAAAAGAGCGCUGAGAGGGUGUGAAUUAUCAAGCAUUCGCUGAGUGGCGGAAGGUGUUUCCGAUGCUGCGCAUCACGGGGGCGAUAUCUUAUCUUAUCUCGGAUCUGCGUGUUCUUCAGGGUCCCUCGCAAUAAGAUCACCCUCUGCCAUUGGCAUCUUCUUGUCGUCGUCGCGGAGAAGCUAAUUCAUUCUUCGGCUCGACGAGCCAAGCCGGCAAGAUGAGCAAAAAUACCAAGGAGAUGAUGAAAAACAAGAAUGUUGCUGGUGGACAACUAAGCAUCCUGUCUACGGAUCCCCCGACGGGUUUCUAUAAGGAUGGAUACUGCAGAACCGGCCCGGAGGAUAAAGGCAAUCACUCAGUCGCCGCCACCGUCACACAAGAAUUUCUCGAUUUCACGGACUCGAAAGGAAACAAUUUGAAAACGAGUGGAGUCAAGGAUGGAAUGAAGUGGUGUCUCUGCGCCAGUCGAUGGAAGGAGGCCAUGGAAGCGGCUCAGAAGGGACAAUUGUCGCAGUCAGCCGUCCCCCGCGUGCACCUGCAUGCAUCCCACGAGAGUGCUUUGAAGGAGGUCAAGUAUGGUGACCUGAGCAAAUACGCGGAUCAAGGGACAGCACCCAGUUCGAACAGAUCCAGACAAGAGACGUAUCACAACCCAGAGACACCCAAGGGUCUGGCAAAGGAGAGCACUGAGAUCAGCGGCAAUUCCGAGACUACUGGAGGGAGGGGUGUGCGGACAGCCAAGGAUGGAGUAUGAGACACCAGUACUGUCCUUUCCGCCGAAGUGUUUCAGCAGAGCAGGCAGCGGGAGCUUCAGUUGUCUUGUACACUGUGUAGCCAAUACCAAAAUCUUUAUUGCUG